CUUCACAAUGAGGAUGACCCCCCAGAGUCUUCAGCAGCUGAGCAGCCUUCCACGUCUACAGAGACUCCGCAGACUCCGCAGACAGCAGCCUUAUCUGAAGCAGACACUUCCCCUCCACCUUACUGUAGCAUAGCUGUAGAAGCAGCUGCAACCUCAGAAACACACAAUGAAUUUUAUCCUGUACCACCUCCAUACAGUGUAGCUACCUCUCUUCCUACUUACGAUGAAGCAGAGAAGGCCAAAGCUGCAGCAAUGGCAGCUGCUGCAGCAGAAGUUGCCCAACGACACGCCCAGUUUAGGGAGUCUAGGAGUCUGUUUGAUGAAAUAUUCCUCAGUCAUCCAGAGGAAGAAGAGUAUCCACCACGGGAUGAUUUCAGUGAUGCAGAUCAGCUUAGAGUGGGCAAUGAUGGCAUCUUCAUGUUGGCAUUUUUCAUGGCAUUUAUUUUCAACUGGAUUGGAUUUUGUUUAUCCUUCUGUAUCACAAAUACCAUAGCUGGAAGGUAUGGUGCAAUCUGUGGAUUUGGUCUCUCCCUGAUCAAAUGGAUUCUCAUUGUACGG